CCUCCAUCCCAGCAUGCAUCGCGCCGUCUGCAGCAUAAAGAAAAAAGGCUAAAGAGAGACAACAGGGUGGGAUUAUAGACGCCUGUUGUUCCUGGUGUAUUCCUCAUAAACGUAUGCUGACAACAAGGAGCACGCCAUGGCCCUGAGGAGCUGAGAGCGGCGCUAGCUCUUUCUACGUUUGUCGGGGUGUUCCCACCGUUGGGCAGUUGCCUGAGAAGACUGGGGGGGCCCGGUCAGAGAGUGGACAGGGAGGGGGCAGAGCUCAGCUGGAGCCAAUGCAGCAGCACCAGCUAGCGGAGGGAAACCUUCCUGUGUUCGUGUUCCCGACCGAGCUCGUCUUCUACGCGGAUGAGCAGUCGUCUCAUAAGCAGGUGCUCACCCUCUACAAUCCCUAUGAGUUCGCGCUCAAAUUCAAAGUGCUGUGCACAGCGCCAAACAAGUACACUGUGGUUGAUUCCACGGGAGCCGUCAAGCCGCAGUGUUGCGUUGACAUAGUAAUCCGACACAGAGACGUCCGGCCGUGCCACUAUGGCGUGUACGACAAGUUCCGACUGCAGGUGUCGGAGCAAAGUCAGCGGAAAGCGCUGGGUCGCAAAGAGGUGACCGCCACGCUCCGUCCCUCGGCCUCGCAGGAGCCGUCCAGCGCCAGGACCCAAGACGAGGAGCGCCGGAUUAAGGAGCAGUUUGGGGACAACGAGUUCUUUGAGCAGACUGCGUUUCAGACAGAGAGCCGUCCCGUUGCUGGAGGACCCAGUCUGCUCACAGUGCUGCUGGGGCUCGUGUGCAUGAUCGCCCUGAUGCUUCCAACGCUGGGGGAGCAAGAAUCCACUGUGCCUGUCUACCUCCACUUAAGUGUUAACAAGAAACUGGUAGCUGCUUAUGUUCUUGGUCUUCUGACUAUGGUCAUCCUACGUACAUGAAGUGCUUUGUGCUGAAAGGAUAAGGAUAAACAGUUUUAAACGAUGUAGAGAACAUUGUCGAACCAGAGGCACGACUUCAACGAGCAGAGCUCUCAGCGCUCUGGUGGAGCUCCGUAACUCCAUCCGCUGACAAAUACAUUUUAGUACAUUGGUUUCAAAUACAUAAUGUUUUCUGGGCUGUUACAAAAAAAACAAAAACAAACGGGAAGAUCCAUGGGAACUCUGGCUGAGCAGACGCCGCCUCCGAGCCUCGGCCGGGUAAGAGACACGAGGCGCUUCGACGUCGCCUGGACCGUCAUGCAUUCUUCGUAAUUUUAUUGCCAUUGUGUGACUCAAUAUGGUUAACUCGAGUGUGAAGAAAUCUACAUGCAAAUGUGUACAUAAAGCCAUUAAAACGUCAUGAUAUGCUCCUGUAACGGUUGUCAUGUUGAUGUUUUGAAGCCGUCACAGCACAAGACUGAAGACGAUGCGUUCGAGUGCAUGUGGCAGCUUUUAUCUCCCAUGCAAACCCUUGGGACACUUUUCACCGAAGAGUUUGACAUAACAUUGAAACUCCAGUUUAAUAAAGUCUUAAUACAGCUGCAUUGUAGUGCUAGUAGUUCCAAUCAAAAAAGCAUGAUUAUUCUCAAAGGUCUAUCACAUAAACCUGCAGUAUUCAGUCCAGCAGUCGUAAAGGCUAGAAAACAAUCUACUUGAUAGAAUUGUUUACAUUUACCCGUCUCUUGCAACUUUUAAUAUUUCUUCUAAAACUUAAUUUAUCUACCGUUGCUUUAGGUAAAUAAGCUGCUUUUCUAAUAAGAUGGAAGUAAAUAGAUCUUACAUUUCAGCAUUAAAUAUAAUAUGGAAAAAUUGGAACAAGGAAAUCCAAUCUUUAAUUCAAGUACACUUACUUACUUGGAUGUUUUUAUUAUUUUACUAUUUCCAACCAUCACAAAUGUUUAGUUGGCUUACCUCGGCUGGAACUUUGGUCAAAUGAGAUGAAGAUUGGACUUCCAACACUCCAGCUGGCUUGAUGUCAAACAAAUUCUGAAUAAGUGGGAAAAUAUCCCCAAUAUUAAGCAAGGUGGAGGAUCUGUGAUGCUGCGGGCCUGUUUCUCCUCCACCAGCUCUGAAUCUUGUUGCGAGUGUGUGAGCUCAUUAAAAACUCUGAAAUACCAGGUUUUGAAUAAAAACACAGUCUAAACUAAAAACGAGUCGUCAUUUGGUCUUUCAGCAGAUUAACGACCCAAAAAUAUUAACACAGAAAAAGGUUUCCAUAGAAACAAAAAAAAUAAAAAAAUCUUCUUUGGAUCUAUAAACAAAAACCCCAGCUGCAGAUUUUACAGGACAAUCCAGAAAAAUGAUUUUAAAACCCCCCAUCCAUUUCUCCUUCUUUGCAAAAGCAAAGGAGGUGGAUUAGCAGGAUCAACUGUUUAUCCUGAACAGGUUACUGUGAAAUAUCUCUGCUGUCUGGAUAGGAAGUGGUUAGCAUGUGGUCACAGGUCACAUACCAACAGUCUUCAGUCAGAGGUUUCUUCCAAGCCAACGGAAGACUGACUGCUGCUGGAAAUCCUUCCUCUCCAUUUGAGUUGCAUUUGAAUUCCUU